AUGAUAAGCGAGCUGGGGACUCUGCUGCAGCGGACCCACUUGAGUUUGCGUUUUCUCUUGGAGCGCAUUCACGAAGAGCUGCGGCCUGAAGCAGCAGCAGAAGCUGCAGCAGCAGCAGCAGCAGCAGCAGAAGCUGCAGCAGCGGAAGCUGCAGCAGCAGCAGCAGCAGCAGCAUAUCCGUCAGCAGCAGCAGCAGCUUAUCCAUCAGCAGCAGCAGCAUACCCAGUAGAAGCAGAAGCAGUAUAUCCAUCAGCAGCAGUAUUAGGAUAUCCUUCAGAAGCAGCAGCAGCAUACCCAGCAGCAGCAGCAGCAGCAGCAGCAGCAGCAUACCCCGUAGCAGCAGAAGCAGCAUAUCCAUCAGCAGCAGCAUUAGGAUAUCCUUCAGAAGCAGCAGCAGCAUACCCAGCAGCAGCAGCAGCAUACCCAGCAGCAGCAGCAGCAUACCCAGCAGCAGCAGCAGCAUACCCAGAAGCAGCAGCAGCAUACCCAGCAGCAGCAGCAGCAUACCCAGAAGCAGCAGCAGCAGCAUAUCCAUCAUCAGCAUCAGUAUAUCCAUCAGCAGCAGCAGCAUCAGUCUAUCCGUCAGCAGCAGCAGCCUACCCCUCAACAGUAGCAGCAUAUCCAUCAGCAGCAGCAGCAGCAGCAGCAGCAGCAGCAUAUCCGUCAGCAGCAGCAGCAGCAGCUCAGUCUCCCCCCCCCGUUCCCUUCCCCGUUCCUUGGGACCCAGCAGCAAUAAGCCCCUCAUCAUCAGCCCCGUUCCUUGGGGUGCUGUGUCUGCAGACCCAGCAGCAAUAA